ACACCUAAUUUAAAUAACACCUAUAUAUGUAUAUUAUUUAAAAGUUAAAACUUGCAACUUUUCAACGUCCGUUAAUGUCGAAAUCGAGCCACAAUUGUGCGUUCCAAAUUUCAGUAACCAACCUCAUCCACUCAAGACUCAGAAGCUCACAGGGGUCGCCCGAUACCACAAUGGAUCAGCAGCCGCUUCAGGAAUGCACUGCUGCUGAUUCCACAAAGCAAUUGGCCAUUGACGAGCACACAAACGAUGCGAAGCCAACAGAGCGCCUCGCCGGCCAAAAUCUAUUUGAGUUCAUGAAUGGUGCCGGCAACGCCGGCACAGACUCCAACACUUCCGCAUCCAAUAAGACCGGCCUCGUUGGCGAUAAUGCAAACACAAACACAAUUACAGCCACAAACAUAAAUACAAACGCACGCAAAAAUGACACAAACAAUACAGACAUUGAGUCGAAGGAGCACAUGCCCAAGGUCAUGCCCAAGGAGGAGGACGCCGCACAACAGUCCACCACAGCCACAAGCGCAGCCAUAAGCCCAAACGCAACAUCGAAUGAGCUUUCCAAUCAAGCCACCACCACCAUUGAUGGCUUAAACAGUGUGGUAGCAAUCAGUCAUCGCAACGAGUUUGCGAAACUCUUGAUGCGGAUGGGCGAGGAGGGCGAUGGGGAUGCCAAUCAGAUAGUAAUGGAGCUGUUGAACACCAAAACGGAGGCCGACAAGACAUCGGUUAUCGAACGCGUCUCGGAGAAUCUCAUGCAUGUACUGCGCGCUCAGACCUUGAUCGAUGCUGGCAUCAUAACUGGCAACGAGCGCUAUCGUUGCUUCAAGUCCGUCAUACAGAACUAUGCGAAGCUCCAUGCGGCCAAAAAGUUCAUUGAGAAGUUGUCGGGUCUGUCACCCGAACCGGAAGUGGGUGGUGAGCAGAAGAUGCUCGCUCGCAUGGUGGCCGACGAAGUUCUACAAAUACCAGAGCUGCUUCGCCAACUCUGGUCCUCCCUCGAGAAGAUGGAGUUCUUCAACGAAGACACAGCCUUCAAGGUCUACUUGGAGGCCCGAACCCAUCCACAAGCCAAGAUAUUGCGCGAACUAAUGCUGACUCGCAUAUCUCGCGUCUUCCUGUGCAUCGUCAGCUCCACUUCCUUUCUCGAGUUCAGCGAGCACGAGCUGGUUCAUGUCCUCAAGAACUGUUAUCUGAGUGUGAACUCUGAAAUUGAGAUCUUUCUCUCGGUCGUGCUGUGGUUGGAACACAACUGGUACGAGCGCAAGUCUCAGGUGGAGCAUGUCCUGAGUGGGGUCCGCUUUAGCCUGAUGCCCACCUGGUACCUCUCGACCCUGGACCGCACCAACAGAUGCAGCCACUUUGCUCGAGUUACCAAUAUGAAAUGCGUUCAAAAUCUACUCGACCAAGGUCUUGCAGAUGCAAUGGCACUGCGUGGGAACAUGUCACAUUUCUCGUUCACCAAGAAGGUUGAGAAGCCCAUGCCACGUGAUUGGAUUGCCGACCCCGAAUGUGGCCAUCACCACAAGGUGCAUUGCGAGCGCUUCGUCUACCCUACCUAUGAGGUGUUCAAACAGUAUUUGGUCAAGAUAAUACGUUGUGCUCCCAACUAUUGGCGUACCCUGCGACCGGCACAGGAGAUCUAUCGCAAGGUGCUCAAGUGCUGUGCUCCUCCGCAUUAUUACUAAAGACAGUGGUUGAUCCUCAAGGAAGUCAGUUUUCCUUUUUAAUUAAAAAACAACAACAACAACAUUGAUAAUGAUAACAAUGACAACAAAAAUGAAUGUACUACCUAAAUAUACGUUUAAAAUGCUUAAAUAAAAUUAUCGUUAUAGCAAUUA